AGCUUUCGUUGCUAACUCCAGAGACAGAGGAAGAAAAUGCUUAAUGACAAGAAUGCACUCCAAGAAAUUCCCACCAUCCAAGAACGACUAGCAGAAGAAAAAGAGCUCCUUCUUUUAAAAGAAAUCAUCUCCAUGGACUCCUCCUCCUCCUUUAAUGACGAUCCCACCAGCACCACCACUCGCUUCUCCAACCUUCGCCUCUGUAAUCACCCUCCCUGCUUCUCCUGCGGUUGCAAUGGAAACUCUCUCACCGGCACCUCCUCUGCCUCUCUCAAACGUCCCUCCUCUGAAACCAACACUCUCCAACCAAAUUCCAAGAAACCCAACAUCAAACCCACCUCACUCUGCGGCUUCUCCAAGAUUCCUCUGCCCACGGAAUCGGCUCCCAACACAUCGCCGAGCAAUCCUUUUCUCCGACGCUGCAAUUCUGAUCCUUGUGACCCACUCCCCACCCAAGUAUUGGCUGAAACACCUCAGUCUCCCCAGUCACAGAACGCUAAUAUAGCGUCCCCUGGGACUCCGUUGUCGGCGUCGAAGUUUCCGCCUAUGCCUUCCACUUUACGGCGGUCGGUGUCAGACCCAAAUCCGUCUCCGGCCCCUACUUUUUCCAGUUCAUGCGACAGGGUGGGGGAGUACGAUGUUCGUAAUGCAAAGUGGGCGACGAAAUUUAAUGAUUGUAUGAAAGAAAUGACUCGAAAAUGGGAGGAACUGCUCGGUUUUGAAGAAGAUAAGGGCAGGCAAGAGAACCACAACAAGAACGACAGCAACAGCAUUGAGAACAGCAAUGGAAAUAUGGAUAAUUGUGAGGAAGCAGUGACGGUGGAGAAGGCUGGGGAUUGUUUGAUUAUCCAUUUCAAGUGUCCUUGUGACAGAGGUUAUCAGAUUCUGCUCUCUGGGAAAAACUGUUACUACAAGCUCUUGUAGACUGUUAAUCAAUCAACAACGAGAAACAUCAUCAAUACUCUGUUUCGUUUUGCUCUUCGUUUAGAUUCCAUUUAGUGUUUCUUCCUGUAUAAUCUUUUGAAGAUGGAUUAAGUUCUCAUAAUUCUGAGAUUUUUUGUGCCACUGAUAAAAAUGCUUCCUUUACUAGUAAU